AUGUUCAGUCGACACGUGGCAAAUUUGCUCGGCAUGGGCGAUGUGGAGGGGGGGGCCAGGAGCGGCUUCUCGCAGUGCUAUAGCUGCUUUCCGGUCUCCUUCAUUGGCAAAGACGACAUGGAGAAGGGCAACAAAAUUCUGCUUCCUCAGUCGGCUCUUCACGCGCUGGCACGUCUCCACAUUUCGUGGCCCAUGCUCUUCGAGGUUGUCAACGAAGCGAAGGAUCGCCGCACGCACACCGGCGUUUUGGAGUUUAUCGCAGAGGAAGGGACAUGCCACUUCCCGUACUGGAUGAUGCAAAACCUCGGCCUAGAGGAGGGAGACAUCGUCCGUGUCCGAAACAUCAGCCUUCCCAAAGGCACUUUCGUCCAGCUCCAACCCGUCACCACAGAAUUCCUUCAAAUCUCCAAUCCGCGAGCCGUGUUGGAAGUGGCUCUGAGAGGUUACGCGGCGCUGACUGUGGGCGACUUGAUCUACUUGCCUUUUCUCGACAAGAACUUUCAGCUGCUAGUUACGGAUCUACGCCCCGCUCCUGCAGUGUCGAUUAUCGAGACGGACAUGGAAGUAGAAUUCAAGGCGCCCGAAGGCUACGUCGAACCGACCUCCCGCGGGACGCAGGACGCCUCAGAAGAUGCUGACAUGAGCAGCGACAAGGAGGCUUCCGAGACGGAUCAGACUGCAGAUUCCGACAGCAGCCAGCGAGUCUUGUUCAGCGGCAAAGGCACGCGCCUGGACGGCAAGGCGGUCCGGCCGACGCCAGAGAGCUCGCCGGCGAAAAAGGAAGACGAAAGCGAGGAGCCCUGGAAGUCGCAACUUCGAAAUGGCGUCCGGACCAGCUGCGGAGAGUACGACGAACUUGUGCGGGAGGGGCGAAUUCCAGGAUUCAUCGGGAAAGUGACGCCUGGAGCUGCUUCAGGCCGGUUACUGCCCUCGGCUGUCUCCGGAGACACCGGGAGCGGGGGAGGCAGUGCGGGCUCGCGCGGCUUUUCCGCUUUCUGCGGGAAAGGCAACACGUGUGAAUAA